UCUCUCUCUCUCUCUCUCUCUCUCUCAUACGCAUGCCAAAUUGCAGAGAUAUAAACAGUGAAACACCCAUUUGUAAAGGCCUGCAAGUGAUACCUCAUAACUCCAGCAAUCCACAAAUAUUUUGAGACACUCGCAACUCAAAGUGGUCUCGGCCAGUUUACGGCCGGGCAGUUAGAGCGCAUCAGGUAUGGGAAGGACUUCUUACAGGAACACAGGAGAACAACCUAUACCAAGGAUGGUAGCUGACUAGCACUCACAAGAAGGCACUGAUGGGAUGAGUUCCUUGAUUGACUAGUCAAGAGAUUCUCCGGAGAGCUAUUACUAAGGAUUCAAGAACGAAUUUCCUAAUCACGAAACCUUGGAAGGUACGGUCCCAAUGAAAGUGUCCCUUAGCCCGGUUUACAGGCUUCGGAAAGAAGGAAGAAAAUAACAACGGGACUAAUUACUCAGGUUCAAUUUACUAUUGGCGGGAGUAAAAGAAAAUGGCGGAAAACGACGAGGUGUCGCCACCGGCGCCAGCGUUCAGGCUCCGAUGGGACGUGUACCUGAGCUUCAGAGGGGAGGACACUCGUCACGGCUUCACGGACCGCCUCUACGAAGCCCUCCUCGUGGAAGGCGUUCGUGCCUUCCGCGACAACGAGGGCACGAGUGAGGGCGACGAGGCUCGCAUCGACGCGAUCCACGACUCCGCCGCCGCCAUCGCCGUCGUCUCCCCCAGCUACGCCUCCUCGCAGUGGUGCCUCGAGGAGCUCGCUACGAUCUGCGAGUGCCGAAGGCUCCUUAUCCCCGUGUUCUUCAACGUGGACCCCUCGCACGUGCGGCGGCAGAAAGGGCCGUUCGAAGAGGACUUUCGAAGCCUCGAGAGGAAGUUUGGGGUGGAAAACGUCGUGCGGUGGAGAAAUGCGAUGGGAAAGGCGGGUGGGAUCUCUGGUUGGGUGUAUGAGAAUAGCAAAGAACUUGAGUUGAUUCAAUUACUAGUCAGUAGGAUUUUGGCUGAAUUAAGCAACACUCCAAUGGGCGUGGCUUCAUAUGCUGUGGGUCUGAAUUACCGCGUUGAGGAACUGUUGAGAUUGUUAGAUGUUAAAUCUAACGGCAUACGAGUUUUGGGGCUUCAUGGAAUUGGUGGGGUCGGCAAGACAACCCUUGCUAAAGCUGUCUACAAUAAACUUAUCAGUCACUUUGAACACCGCAGCUUCAUUUCCAACGUUAGAGAGAUGUCUAUGCAACAAAAUGGUUUAGUAUCUCUCCAGAACAAGCUCCUUCACGAUCUUUCAGGAACGGCAUCUCAAGUAGACGAUGCUAAUGCUGCAAAAAUUUCAAUUGAAAAGAUGCUUCAUGAGAAGCGAGUCCUUAUUGUUUUGGACGAUGUUGACAAUGGAAGCAACCUUGUUGCCAAGAGAGAGUGGCUUUAUGAAGGAAGCAGAAUAAUUAUUACUACAAGAGAUAGAGAUGUUCUGAUUGCUCAUCAUGUGAGUGAGAUGUAUGAAGUGAGAGCAUUGGGUUCCUCCGAUUCACUAGACCUUUUCCGUUACCACGCAUUGAGAACUAAAAAAGCCUCUGAAACUUUCCUGAGUCUGUCUAAACAAAUUGUGUCCCUUACUGGAGGAUUACCCUUGGCUCUGGAGGUAUUUGGUUCUUUUCUGUUUGAUAAGAGGAGAGUGGAGGAAUGGGAAGAUGCUCUGCAAAAGCUGAGGCAGAUUCGUCCAUGCCAUCUCCAGGAUGUUCUGAGGAUAAGUUUUGACGGGCUGGAUGAGGAAGAGAAGUGUAUAUUCCUCGAUAUUGCUUGUUUAUUUGUUAAUCUAGAAAUGGGGAGAGAUGAAGUGAUUGACGUAGUAAAGGGCUGCGGUUUCAGAGCUCUUACCGUUAAUGUCCUGGUAGCAAGGUCUCUUGUUAAAUUUCAGGAGAAGAGUGUUUGGAUGCAUGACCAAAUCAGGGAUAUGGGUAGACAAAUUGUUCACCAUGAAAGCCUUGCAGAUCCUGGUAUGCGGAGUAGACUGUGGGAUCACAGUGAAAUUCUGACGGUCAUGAAAGAUAGGAUGGGAACGAGAUGUAAUCAAGGAAUUAUUCUUGACUUUGAAAAGAAUCAUAAGGAGGUGAUCCCUAAUUCACUUUCUUUGGACACAUUCCAAAUGACACCCAAUAUCACCUCUGUAAUAACAUACUUGAUGGGUUUAUGGAGAGAGUACUCCUACUCUGGAGCCAAGAAAGAGGGAGAGGUGGUACUUCAGACUGAACCAUUUCAAAAGAUGGUUCGUCUGAGACUUCUUCAGUUAAGUAACGUGAGAUUGGAGGGAAAUUUCAAAUGCAUACCUCCUGAACUAAAAUGGCUACAAUGGAGGAAAUGUCCUUUGAAAAAUCUUCCUUCUGAUUUUUGUCCGCAGCAGCUUGCUGUUCUUGAUCUCUCAGACAGCAGCAAGAUAGAAAAUGUAUGGGGCUUGAGAAGGUGGAGUUGGUGCAAGAACAAGGUGGCAGAGAGCUUGAUGGUUAUGAAUCUUCAUGGCUGCUGCAAGCUAACUGCUGUUCCUGAUUUAUCCAGUCAUCGCGCAUUGGAAAAGCUGAUCCUUGAGCGUUGUACUAGUUUAACAGCAAUUCACAAAUCACUUGGUGACGCAACUACUCUACGUCAUUUAAACCUGAGGGGUUGUUCUAACCUCGUGGACUUUCCACACGAUGUCUCUGGUCUGAAACAUCUAGAGACCCUUAUCCUCUCUGGUUGCUCUAAAUUGAAAGAACUACCACAGAACAUGGAUUGCCUGAGUUUCUUAAGAAAGCUUCUCAUUGAUAAUACUGCGAUAGAGCGAUUGCCUGAAUCUUUGUUCCGGCUGUCAAAUCUUGAAGUUCUCAGUUUAGACGAAUGCCAAUCGCUAAAGUGGCUACCCCCUUGCAUAGGGAAGCUGGAUUCUUUAAGGGACCUUUCGCUUAAUGGUUUGGCAUUAGAAGAGUUACCUGAUUCCAUUGGGUGCUUGGUAAAUCUAGAGACACUUAGUUUGAUGAGGUGUAAAUCACUUACUGUAAUACCUGGUUCUGUUGGCAAUCUCAGAAUGUUAGCAAGAUUUUGGCUUAAUGGUAGGUCAGUGAUGGAGCUGCCAGCUUCUAUUGGUUCAUUAUCCUAUCUGAAAUAUUUCUCAGUUGGAAACUGUUCUUCUCUCACCAAACUGCCUGUUUCCAUUGGUCAGUUGGCUUCCCUUGUUGAGCUUCAUUUAGAUGGGAUAUCGAUCAUAGAUCUUCCAGAUGAGGUUGAUGGUUUGAAAUCUCUUGAAAGGCUUGAGAUGAGAAAUUGUAAAUCUCUUAGAUCAUUGCCAGAUUCAAUCGGACACUUGGUAACUCUUACUAGGCUGAUCAUAUCGAAUGCUUCCAUUGUAGAGCUGCCGGAAUCCAUAGGAAUGUUGAAAAAUCUUACAAUGUUGACAUUAGACAAUUGUUCAAAGCUUUGCAGACUUCCCUCUUCAAUUGGGUAUUUAAAUUUCCUCCACCACUUGUACAUGAAGGGAACAUCAGUGACAGAACUCCCUGAAAGCUUUGGCAUGCUCUCCAGGUUGAUGAUAUUGAAAUUGGGAAAGAAGCCUUAUCGUGAGGUAUCUGAGGAUCCUGAAACUACAGAGAUAGCUACUAAGCCGAUUGUGCUUCCAUCUUCUUUCUCAAAUCUUUCAGUGCUAGAAGAAUUUGAUGCCCACGCGUGGAAAAUUUCUGGAAAAAUACCGGAUGAUUUUGAGAAGUUGUCGUGUUUAGAAACUUUGAAGCUGGGUCACAAUGACUUUCACAGUCUUCCUUGUAGUCUCAGAGGACUGUCCAUUCUGAAAAAGCUUUUUCUGCCUCACUGUGAGAAUCUCCUUGUUCUACCCCCACUCCCGUCAAGUUUGUUGGAGUUGAAUGCUGAAAGCUGUACUGCAUUGGAAACUUUAUCCAAUUUAUCGAAUCUUGAGAACUUACAUGACCUGAAUCUCGCGAACUGUGUCAAAUUAAAGGGUAUUCCGGGCCUCGAAUGCUUGAAGUCCUUAAGAAGGUUGUAUAUGGGUGGUUGUAGUUCCUGCUCUUCAGUGGUUAAGGGAAAACUUGACAAGCUUGCUUUGAAGUAUAUGUUCAAUUUAAGUGUCCCCGGAAGUGAAAUUAGCUCUUCUUAUCUUAAUGCAGCUUGCUUUGAAGUAUAUGUUCAAUUUAAGUGUCCCCGGAAGUGAAAUCCCUGAUUGGUUCACUCCAGAUGUGAUUUGCUACUUGAAGCCCAAAAACCGUGUGAUCAAAGCCGUAAUUGUUUGCGCUGUCGUCUCUAUCAACCAUCAAAUACCAGAUGACUUAAGAGACCAACUCCCUUUUGUGGCGGGUAUCGAAAUAAGGAUCCUUAGAGAGAACGAUCUGAAACCAAUAUAUACCACUGUACCGCGUUUAUUAGGAGUUCCGAAAAAUGAUGAAGACCACUUCUACUUGUGCCGUUAUCCAGAUUUUCGCCCAUUAGUUCUUUGUUUACAAGAAGGCGAUAAGAUUCAAGUGGCAAGGCGGAACCCUCCUGUGGUCAAGGGGGUUCAGCUCAAGAAAUGUGGGAUUCAUCUUGUUUUUGAACACGACGAUGAUUAUGAUGGAGAUGAAAAUUGGUUGCACGAAAGUCAACAGUCUGUAUCACAGAAAUUGGCAACGUUUGUCGGAUCUGAGGAAGACACACGUAUAAGGGAUAACAUUUCUGAGAACGAUGGAGAAACAGAAGGGAGGAAACAAAGCAAAAGACUAUUAUCAUCUAAUCAUCGGAACUAUUUUGUUCUUCUCUUCAUCGCUCUUCCGUCUGCCUUUCUGCUGCUGGGUUGGUUGGUAUUCAUGUUAUUUACUUAGUGCUUUUCCCUCUCUCUUGCAGUUUCCGCAAAUUUUCAAGUUCCGCCGUGGGACGGUUCCUAAAUAUUUUGUUCUUUGUAUUCAUCCUUUUUCUGCCAUCCAUACUGCAAAGAUUUGAAAUUAUUUUGCUUCUUGAUUCACUGUCAUGAAAAAGAAUUGAAUCUGAGAGUGUUCAUUUCUUAUGGCAACCA